AUGCUGCAGCCAAUUGAAGGUCGCAAGGUGCUCCUGUUAGGAAGUGGUUUCGUCACGAAACCGACGGUUGAGGUUUUGAGCAAUGCGGGUGUAGAGGUCACGGUUGCCUGCCGCACGCUUAAGAGUGCCAAGAAGCUUUCCGAGGGCAUCAAGAAUACGAAAGCCAUCUCCCUCGAUGUUACAAACAAUGCUGCUCUCGAUGCUGAACUGUCCAAGGUCGACCUUGUCGUUUCCCUUAUCCCUUACACUCAUCAUGCCACUGUCAUCAAGGGCGCCAUACGCACCAAGAAGAAUGUCGUCACCACCUCCUAUGUGUCACCUGCCAUGAUGGAAUUGGAGAAGGAGGCCAAGGAGGCUGGUAUCACAGUCAUGAAUGAGAUUGGUCUUGAUCCUGGCAUUGAUCAUCUUUACGCUGUCAAAACCAUUUCUGAGGUUCACGCCGCUGGAGGAAAGAUCACCUCCUUCCUCUCCUACUGCGGUGGAUUGCCCGCCCCAGAAUGCUCUGACAAUCCACUUGGCUACAAGUUCUCCUGGUCUAGCCGAGGUGUCCUCCUCGCCCUUCGAAAUGAUGCGAAAUUCUACAAAGACAGCAAGAUGGUGUCUGUCUCCCGAUCUGAGCUCAUGGGAACCGCUAAGCCAUACUAUAUCUAUCCCGGCUUCGCUUUCGUCGCAUACCCAAACAGAGACUCAACAGUCUACAAAGAACGCUAUAAUAUCCCAGAAGCCCAAACCGUCAUCCGCGGCACGCUUAGAUACCAGGGCUUCCCCGAGAUGAUCCGCACUCUUGUCGACAUGGGCUUUCUUAGUGACGAAGCGAAAGAUUUCCUCAACUCUCCCAUUCCUUGGAAAGAAGCUACGCAGAAAAUCCUAGCUGCGACUUCCUCGAGCGAAAGGGAUCUUGAAUGGGCCAUCUCUUCUCGCACUAAGUUCCCCACCACUGAAGAGAAAUACCGCAUCUUGGCUGGUCUCCGCUGGAUCGGAAUUUUCUCUGACGAGAAGAUUAUCCCUCGCGGAAAUCCACUGGAUACUCUGUGUGCUACGCUUGAGGCGAAGAUGCAGUACGGGCCCGGAGAGCGUGAUAUGGUUAUGCUUCAGCACAAAUUUGAGAUUGAGAACAAAGACGGUUCCAAAGAGACAAGGACUAGCACUUUGUGCGACUACGGUGACCCCAAUGGCUACUCGUCCAUGGCGAGAUUGGUUGGUAUUCCGUGUGGUGUUGCUGUUAAACAGGUUCUCGAUGGGACUAUCAGGGGGAAGGGCAUCUUGGCACCGAUGAGCAUGGAUAUAUGCGCUCCUCUGAUGAAGGCUCUUAAGGAGGAAUAUAACAUUGAGAUGAUUGAAAGGACCCUCUAA